UCGUUUUGACCUUCUCACCUUCUUUCGCUCGUUCAUCUAUUUUUGUCUGCCAAACUCUUGCAGCUACUGCUAUUCGCCCAUAUUAACCUCUUUAAGGGCUGAGCAUCGCCCGCUCUACAUCUCUACCUCAUUGAACAUUGGUAAGUCUCAUCACAUCCAUAUCUCUCUCUCUACCCCCUCUCUCAUCUUCUCUCUCAUUACAUUCCCAGUGUGGUCUUUUCCUGCUCGUGAAGAUGGAUUGUCGUGGGACCCUUACUCCAUGCCAGCCUGCGAAGCCUGCUAAUGACAUUACUGACCUUGGUUUGAGAACUUAGUAUAAACAGCAUUUAGCAAUGGCUUUCCUCAAGUACGCUCUUCCUGCCCUGGCUGCAGCCCAGGCCGUCCUUGCUGCCGACUGCGGUAAGACCGAUGAGACCAUCAAGAUUGCCAGCCAGAGCGAUGCCGACGGCUACUCCUCCUGCUCGACCAUCAAGGGUACCAUUGAGAUCGACGAGCACAUCUCGGGCGCUAUUACCUUCAACAACGUGAAGCAGAUUGACGGCACCCUCAGCUGCACCGGUGGCGCCAACAUCUCUUCCAUCGCGGCGCCUCUGCUGAACUCCAUCGCCGAGACUUUCAAGCUGGAUGGCCUUACCACUCUGACCACCCUCAGCUUCCCCUCUCUUACCAGUGUCGGAUCGAUCCAGUGGACCGCUCUGCCCCAGCUUCAGAGUCUUGAUUUCACCAAGGGUGUCAAGGAAGCCGGUGAUGUCUCGAUCACCAACACCGGUCUGGCUAACCUGAACGGUAUCUCGCUGAACACCGUUGGCAAGUUCGACAUCACCGAGAACACGCAGCUCAAGUCCAUCAACAUCAACAACCUGAAGAACGCAACUGGCCUGAUCAACUUUGCUGGUAACCUGAACUCCCUUGAAGUGGAGCUGCCCAACCUCUCCAGUGGUACCAACAUGACCUUCCGCAACGUCAGCGCUGUCUCCAUCCCCUCUCUCCACAAUCUGACUGGUCAGCUUGGCUUCUGGGGCGACGCCUUCACGUCUUUCAGUGCUCCCAACCUCACCGAGACUGGAGACCUGGUUUUCAACGCCAACAGCAAACUCACUAACAUCAGCAUGCCAGCUCUCGAGACUGUCAACGGUGGCUUCCUGAUUACCCGCAACGAUGAGCUCAGCAGCAUUGAUCUGCCCUCCCUGCAGACUGUUACUGGUGCCGUUGACUUCAGCGGCAAGUUCGACGAAGUGAGCAUGCCCAAGCUCGAGAACGUCAAGGGCCAGUUCAACUUGCAGAGCACCGGCAACUUCAGCUGCGACACCUUUAACAAGGCCCAUGACGACAAAAUCAUUCACGGUACCUACAAGUGCAAGGCUGCCGAGCCUAACCCUACUACCAAGGAUGGAUCUUCUGGCACCACCACUAGCAGCGGCAGCUCUGCUUCCGCUUCCAAGUCUAGCGCUGCUGAUCUCAACGCUGCUAACCUCCCCGCUCUCGGAUUCGCCGCCGUUUUUGGAGCUCUGGUGCAGUACGCUUUGUAAAGGAUGGCCGAUACCAGGAAAUUGCAUGUGGUUUUGUUUGUUUUCCAAAACUCCUUGCCGGGGUGUGUAGAGCUGUCUAAUAAGCCAUGGUUUUUUUUGAUUGCAGUGCUUUGACUGUUUUUAUGAUAAUAAUCGAAUUUCAUUUGAGCAACCUUA